CGUUUUCAUUGCUUGAGUGGGACACAUCAAAGCACAGAUAAAUACUACCGUACACAGAAGGGGGAGGGUUAAGGAGCCGUGGAUGUAAGAGUAACGAAUACUGAAUGAGUAAAUCCUUUGGCGCUGCUCUGGUCUAAAAUAGAAACGGAGGAAGGCAGCGCCGCCCUCUGCAGCCCGCAGCAGCUCCACGUCAGGAAAUUUAAACGCAGAGCCGUCCACAACACAGACAAACGCAUCUUUCUGCUCCAAGGUCACCGAGCCGACCGCCUGCACAGGACACACACACACCUUCAAUCCCCCAAAAGUGAGUAGUCAGCCUUGAGGUGGGCCAGUGAUGCCGCCCCCAGCCACAAGUCCCCCUGCAGUGCCCCCACCAGACGGCGGUUGGGGUUGGGCUGUGGUGUUAGCAUCUUUCGUGUCCAUAGGCUUCUCGUACGCUUUCCCCAAGGCCAUCACUGUCUUCUUCAAAGACAUCCAGAUUAUCUUCGAUGCCUCCUACAGUCAGAUCGCAUGGAUCUCCUCCAUCAUGCUUGCAGUCAUGUAUGCUGCAGGUCCCAUCAGCAGUAUACUGGUCAACACAUACGGCUGCAGGCCCAUCGUCAUGAUGGGGGGCUGCUUUUGUGCCACUGGCAUGAUCUUAGCUUCCUUCUGCACCAGCGUGGUGCAGCUUUACAUCUGCAUAGGAGUUGUUGGUGGACUUGGACUAGCCUUCAACCUGCAGCCAGCGCUGACAAUGAUAGGCAGAUACUUCUAUAAAAAGCGUCCCAUUGCUAACGGCCUGGCGAUGGCAGGCAGUCCGGUGUUUCUCAGCACUUUGGCUCCUCUCAACCAGUACCUAUUCAACCAGUUCGGCUGGAGAGGCAGCUUCCUCAUCCUGGGUGGCCUGCUAUUGAACUGCUGUGUGGCUGGUUCCCUCAUGAGGCCUUUGGGACCACCACCCAGCAAGAUCAAGAAGGACGAAGAGUUAGCCGCCAUUGCCACCACAACGAAAGAGAAGGUCACUGCCUGGCCAGUCAACAAGUACCUGGACUUGACACUCUUCAAGCAUCGUGGUUUCCUCAUCUAUCUGUCAGGCAAUGUAAUCAUGUUCCUGGGCUUCUUUGCACCUAUUGUCUUCCUUGCAGCCUACGCUAAGGACAUGGGUGUGGAUGAGUACUCGGCUGCCUUCCUGCUCUCAAUUCUGGCUUUUGUUGACAUGUUUGCCAGGCCUUCCAUGGGGCUACUGGCCAAUUCACGCUGGGUCCGGCCCAGGAUCCAGUACUUCUUUAGCUUUGCUGUGCUGUACAAUGGAGUGUGCCACAUCCUCUGCCCACUGGUGGAAAGCUACACUGGUCUGGUAGUGUAUGCAAUGUUCUUCGGCUUUGCAUUUGGCAUGGUCAGCUCAGUGCUGUUUGAAACACUGAUGGACCUUGUUGGGCCUCAGAGGUUCUCCAGUGCUGUGGGACUCACCACCAUUGUGGAGUGCUGUCCGGUCCUCAUUGGUCCACCUCUAGCAGGAAAACUGGUCGAUGUCACAAAAAACUACAAAUACAUGUAUUUUUGCUGCGGAGCUGUCGUGAUUUUGGCAAGUAUUUGGCUCUUCAUUGGAAACUUCAUUAACUACAGACUCUUGGAGCGCGAGCGCAAGUGUGCAGAGAUGUACAAACGGACUGAGACGGAAGAUCCAGACCAAGUUCAGGAUCAGAAGGAGGCCGAUGGGAAAGCCCAGUCGUCGGAGGAGGUGGUUGAAAAAAGUCAAAAGGAUGACGAACCUAUGCAGCGAGAAACCAACAUCUAGAUCCUUGUGCUCUGCCAACAGCUAACCCUCAUCUCCACGACAACCUCGCAACACCCUCCACUAUGAUCAAACUGAGCACCAAGCCAAGAGGUGCCUCUCGGUGUUCCACCAGGCUCUAUUUUGGGUCCUCUGCACUUCUCUGAAACUAACUGCCAAAGCAAAAACUAUGUUGUAGGAGGCUCAAGAGUAUCAGCUGACUAUAACAGAAAUAUUUACCAUAAAGAAAAGUGUAAGAUACUAUUAUGCAUGUGAAGAGGAAAAAAGUAAGAAAAUUUAGUGGAAAACAGUGUAGUAAUAACUAUAUUUUGUUUUUUUGCUACCUUCACCUCAUAUCGGAUUUACUGUAAAUACAAGACUGCAGCUGACGGAAAAGAACAUUGAAGGCAGACCCCUAGUGGCAGUUAAAAUCAGGAUGUGGGAUUAUAGUCAGUGGUAUGUAGGAACUCCAAAAAUUAUGUCAACUGAGAGUUAACAUAGCGAAUCCACAGAUGUUGACAGAAAAUGUGUUAAAUUCACAGACAAUCAGCUCUGCUUAAGAAAAGAAUUAUCUGCUGCAGUUUGUGUAUGGUUGAUUUUGGUUAUGUUUGUUUGUUUCAACAAGUUAAAAUAUUUAAAUCUGUAACAACUAGCGUCAUUCUGUUCUUCCUACUGUGUCUUCCGAUGUGACGUGAAUGCAGCAUCAGCGUGUUGCCACUGUUCCAACAGCACCAGCAAACUGAAUUCAUGUUCAAAAUUAAAUCUGUCUUCACAACACAAAUGAACAAGAGGAAUAAAUAAAUAAAUUUCUUUCUUUGAGUGAAAGAUUACUGGUUUGAUGCUAAAAAAACAGCCAGUGUCUUGGGAGUCUGAGUCUUGGUGAAGUUUUGAGCAGGACCCUAACUGUGCAUUCACACCAUGAGUAACUUGGUUUAUGCGUUGCUCAUUUUUACAGAUUGUGGACAGUUGUAGGCUCUCAAUGGACCAACUGUAAGAUCAGACACGCUACAAUUGGAGGGGCUUAUUUGUUACAACAUAAAACUAACAGAUAAAACUUUUUCAGAAAUUAUCAUUGGAUCAUAAUGAUGAAUACACCCAUUCCCCAAGCUCCAAAACUCAACGUUGUGGAGAAAUGGGCAGCUCUAAAAGACUGGAAUCAACUGCUCCUAUUUUAUGCUAAUGUCCGUGAAAUCAUACCAAUAGGGAAAAAAAAUAGGAGCUGACUUCUGGCUUGAUGGUGGCACCUGUUGAGCCUAAAAAGUUUGAGUCUGAUUUUCCCUGUUUGUCUGCUCUGUAGGAAGCAAAAACUCCUGAUGACUUGUUGAUGGCGUUACUCGCAGUGUGAAUGCAGCGUUAGCAAUCCCAGUGCACUGGAAAUGGUUGAUCCAUCUAAUCAAUUAUAUGUGUCAAACAAGAACGCAAAAUCCUAAUUGCACUGGUUGUAAUAUGACAAUUGGGUGCCGUAUAAUUCCCACUUCCAUAAAUAAAGAACAGAUGUGUUGACAGCUGGUGACACUGGUGAACAUGUACUAUGCUACCCACCUGAGCACUGUAAUGUUGUAGUUUAGUAGUAAAACCUGCACAAAUGUCCCACUUUAAUACUUUCAAUCAAGUCAUAAAAUGCUUCCUGCAAGUCCUCAGUGUUCCAUAUUACACUCAUAUACAGUAUGCUGCUCUGAGAGAAAUGGCCAUAAUUCACUCCAAACAUCUUUACAAAACUGCUGCAAUUCAAUGAAUUGAAAUAUGGUUGAAUGUAAUUUCCUCUGUGGGCCUUAAUACGGUAUUAAUGACCAAAAACCAUCUGCAUAAUAACGUUUUUUCUACACAUAAAGCCCAUGCGCAAUAUCAUCCCUCAGAUUUUAAUGCAGAUGUACAGGGAAAUGUAUUUCUUGUGGUCAGUGUGACAGUCCAUUCUGUGAUACAUUGCCUUAUAUGUAAUGUAAUGAAUGCAGUGGAGUUGUACAGUGAAUACUUAUAUGAAGCUGACAAACCUUGGUGUUAAAUGUGACCCACUUAAUUUUGAAGUUAAAAACUCACAAAUCAGUAUAAUCUGCUCCAUGUCUCCUAAUAUGUCUGUGAAAUGUUAAAGCUAUAAGAUUAAGUACUAGUGUUCUGUAUAGUCUCUAACUCACUAACAGCAUUCAUACCAGUUUGUUAGAACAUCUGAAGGAAUACUACUGAUACUACUACUAACUAAUGAAUGUUAAUCAAGUUUACUUGUAUUUUCAGUUGUAUUGUGUACAAAAAACUGUGCUAGAUGAAGACAUCACGUAACAAUUUAAAUGUUGCUGUAAAUGUUAAUAUUGUUCAAUAUUCUAUCCAUUCCAUGUGUUCACUUUUGUAAAUGUCAUCCUGCUGUGCUGUUGAUCAGUUUCUCAAUCUCAUUGGUCUCAAACGCUGACCAAAUGGUGUCCUGUUUCAGAUGUCCUAACAAAGCUAAACAGGUUUUAAUAAGAAAGCAACCAUGAACAAAAAGCAAUGUUAUUGUCCAACACAUGCUGUGAAUAGUGGAAUGUGUAUUCAGAAUCAUCAAAAUGAAUUUCCAGCUGUGUAGCAGUGGUUCUCAGCCAUGUUCUGUCUUUACCAAAAACAAACACUACGUUACUGUGAAACCCUCUCUGGUUUAAAUCAGAGGAAUUAGCUGCCGUUGUGUUUGGAUGGUUAAAUUCUGAGGGUAUAAGUGUAACAUUAUUGAGAAUAUCUGCUAUGCCGUUUAUUGUACAUCACAUAAUUUUGAAAGAUUUGCACACUUCUGUUCCCUAGCUUAACAAAGCAUCUGACAUAUUUGAGCUUGCUUCUAGACCUGGACUUGGUCUCACACCUCAGCAACAUGUGGACAAAGCCAGUUUGACAUAACUUUACACACACAUUGUAUGUUGAGCUUAGCUCGCCUGAGAGUUUGUCUGUUAGCUUAGCUAUUCAGAUUCUGUCUCCCAUAAAGCAGUUAGUUCAUUAGCAUUUCAUGUCGAUAUUAGACUGCAGUUUUACAUUGCCAUGUCUGUACCUUCCUUAUAGCUCUUAUAAUGAAUGACAUGAAUACCUUAUGAAUGUCAACUUCUCAUGCUUGCUCUUAAUUAGUGGAAAGAGGGACUACUUUCAUUCACUAAAAACAGACAUCACUAAGGUCAUUGUACGUGCUGACUCCCAAUGAGGGCGAUAGACUGCUAUACAAUCCCUUUCUACCAAAUAACACUGCCCCCUGCUGGUUCCAAACCACAUAGACCAAAAGCAAGCCAAGCGUCCCUUUCAACAGGAGAACACACUCAUGCUCAAGUACUUUUUGUAAUGCCCAAACAAGGUUUCGGUUUCAAGGGUAAUUUAAGUGAAUUUCAACUUUUCCCCCUUUUUUAUCCAUCCAUGAGUUUAUCUGUAUAAUCACUAAAAAGAAAAAGAGCUGGUUGUUCCUUGUAGUUUUAAAAUUCUGAGAAGGUAAUAUCACUUGCUUCGUACAUGCUAUAUUAACUGUGUGAUAAGGGCUCACAAGUAGAUGUCCCUAACAUUGUUCUCUGCUAACAGGGUGGCUACUGAAAACAUAUAGUAAAUAACAGAUGCUUGAAAUGUUAUGGUAUUCUACUAAAAUGCAAGACCAUGAUGUUAUUUGUUAAAAUGUAAGCAUGUAUUUUGAUCAGUAAUCUAUGAACAAGAGGAAAUCAGUUAUAAUGUUUUAUUUCAAAUGGAGAUAAUUGAUUGAAUUCAACAUGCACCGUUAGCCUUAUCAAUUAUAUUGCUUGGCAUCUCAUGUUUUGUGUUUCUUUCUUUUUUUUGUGUACAGUAUAUUAUAAGUUUGCUUUAAAUUUAGCUGAUAGAUUAUAUUGAAAAUGAAUAUUAAAUACUUUCACCCCUCUUGUAUUACUUCUGUAAAGGUGCAUAAUUGUGCGUGUUUAAGUGUUCAGUUUAGGCAAAGAGCUGGCUGAAAAUGGUUUUAAUAACUGCUGCAUGUCUUGUGUUUUCCCCUGAUGUGUGGAAUUAAUAUGCAGAAUGUAAAGGCUUUAAAGUUGGGAAGAGACUGAAAGAGAUGUCACUUAGUUUCUAUCGGAUUACAUGCAGUUGUGUCCCUAAAACGUGGCAGAAUGUGGCAACAUUUCAGUUUUUAGGGUUGAAUUGGAAAGCAUUAGCUGGUAGAAAUGACAGCAUAUUGGAGUUUCAACCAUGAAGCAGAAAUUGGGUGAAUAAAUCAUUACAGUCAUGCCAUGGAGUGGAGCUUAGUGGAGUGUGGUGUCUUGCCACAAGCAACAAUGAAUUAAUAUUUAGUUACUGUUUGUUUUGACUCUUGAGUUAUGUGCUCGGGACCUGGAUGCACUUUGAUGAAAUUGAGUCUUUUUAUUUAUAUCAGAAUUUAAAGUUUAUAUUGAAUUCACGAUUUUCACAUUCAGAAUUCCAUUUUGACAACCCUGAUUUUUAGAAAAGCAAAUCUCUUCCCACUAAGCCAAUGGGACCAUUUUGGUUUCCAUUAAGUGUUUUAUAACUUAACAAGAUUCCAAUAUGCAGAACUAAAUCUUGCAACUUCUAAAAGAGUUUUUUCUUUUCUUUUUCAUUUUGAUGUGGUAAGAAGAUCAGCAUGUGUUGGUGUUGAUUGUAUACAAGGUAGUAUGCUACUGGGAGGCUGAAGGACUCUGGCUGUUAAGCUAACUGUGCCUUAUUGUGCUAUACUGACCAUUAUAAACAGAUUUUGUGUGAAAACGGUAAAAAAGUUGUAUUGCAUUUCUCAAACCAUGAUAUUUAAUGUUCGAUUUCUGUCCUUGGGUCUACUGUUUGUAAGUUUACAAAUCAUUGGAGUCUUUCAUUUUAUGUAAAUAAUUUUUUUUUUUUUAAUUUUUAAUCACUUUUGUGGCUGUUUAUCCUAAAUUCACUCCUGUCUGCGUCUUUGCACCAUGCUAACACAACCAUAAUCUAAAUAUUUAUAAAAAAAAUUUGUCUUUGACAAUAUUUGCGAUAUUUUGUGUUUAUAGGGCUUUUUACGCAAAAGAAAUUUAAAUAUAUCUGUAUCUGUGUAUGAAUGCAUUUGAGGACAGUGUUCACAUGUUUGGACCUCAGUACUGUAGAUUGUCUCAGCAGUGAACUCAGUCCAUUAUGUCCUUCCAGUAGCAGACGUACUGUGUGCUUUCUCAUCAGGGCAACCGUUUUUCAGAUUGUGUCAGUAUUUCCACUACCUCUGUAGCCGUCAUGUCAGAGUGAGGAAAAGUACCACACGGGUAUUGAAAACUGAUUUAUGUUUUUGUAAUUCUAAUAGAAUGUUAUCACCUAUCACAGUAGCUAAAUAAAUAAAGUAUAUAUCCAAAUAAGC